GCGCACUCGCGCGUUCUCUUAGAGCCUCCGUAGCAGGGUCACUGCUAAGCAGAGCCAGACCUGUGGCGUCAGGGCUUAACGGAGUGACCGCGGAACCACAGCAGGAAAAGAGGAGCGAUUCGUACCUGAGCGGGUUACCAGAGUUUAGUGUUCAGGGCCAUGCGGAACAUCAUAGGAACAGAGUCCGGAAGUUUGAGAGAUCAGAACGCCUUGCUGUGGGCAUAGUGUUUAAAGUGGAGGUUAAAAAGAGAAAUUAGAAGAAGAUGCAAGCCAGCCCCAUCCGUAUCCCAACUGUUAGCAAUGACAUCGACUGGGAUUUCUGCUUCCGUGUGUCACAGCAAACUGAGAUCCCAGCUCACCAGCAAACAGAUAAGUUGUAUGACACCGGUGGAUGUGGAGAGAGUGAAGAGGAAACUAAAGCUAAAGAAGAGGAGAAGGCCGUAGACUGUAUGUCUCAUCCCAAAGAGAAAUUAGCCCAAUCCCAGAAGAAAGUAGCUCAGCUGAUUAAAGAAAAAAUGAAUACUCAAGCAAACAAGGAGCUGAUUCGAUCAUCCUUUCGGAUUAUUUUUGGGGACCAUCACUGGAAAUGUGCACAAGCUCUGACCAAUUCCGCUUAUGGCUACUUGACACUGAGAGGCCUCCCAGUUCAGGCCAAGAAACAUGCUGUGUCAGCCAAGAAUACACUGUUGACCUGGAAGGCAAAUACGACCUCAGAUAAGGAGAAAGAGGAAAUCCUGGAAGCUCUGGUCAUGCUGUACUACACUCUGGGGGUGGCCUGGCUCCUGCAGAACCGUGGCAGAGAAGCCUAUUUCAACCUGCAGAAGGCAGACAGAAACAUGAAGGAGCUGAAAGAAUUAUACAAAGGAGGCGUUUGUGAAUUACAAGUCUCUGAAAAAGACCUAACACUUGCUUUGGGCAGAGCCUCCUUGGCCAUCCACAGAUUGAACCUAGCACUGACAUACUUUGAAAAGGCAAUUGGCGAUGUUAUUGCUGCCAAGGGUGACAGGACGUCAGAUCUGAUCAGCCUGUAUGAGGAAACUGCUCAGAUCGAGCAGCUAAGGAGGAACCACAACCAGGCCAUCCAGUACUUGCAGCAGGCUCAUUCUAUCUGUGUUUCUUUGUUCACUGAAGUCAGCCCCAAAACUGCAGAAACGAGUGCGUUACUGGCCAAAGCUUAUGCCAUGUCUGGAGAGGCCCAGCACAGGGAUGCUGUUGAGACAUAUUUCAUAAAAAGUAUCAAUGCAUAUCGAGCAACAUUGGGCUCAGAGGAUUUUGAAACACUGAGCACCACUGAAGAAUUUUGCAAAUGGCUUGUCCAAAAUGGAGAAAAACAGUGUCUGAUGAUUCAAAUCCUUGUAUAUGGAGGUGAACACAGUAAAAGCAGGGAGACAAAGAGCCUCCUUACUCUGUUGCAGAGGUGAGUUCUGGCCCUGGCCAUCAGCCAUGUCAUCAAUGUGUAUAUAUGCAUGGCAUGGCCUCUCCCAAUUCAACCAGGUAGGGGUGAUUCACCUCUUUCAUUCUUGCUAGUAAGGCAAAAUCCUACCUGUGUAUGAAUUUGGGCAAAUCCUAUACUUGGGAAAAUUAGUUGAUUUCUUACAGUCUUAUAGACCCCAGUGUUAUAGGGUCUGCUGCAAUAAUAUUUAGUAUUUAUAAUACCCCUUUCAAUGCU